ACUCCUUCUCCUGAGGGAGGCCUGGCCACUCCGUGACGUCAGCGGGCGCCGGUGAUGGCCGACGCGGGGAAGGAGCGGCCUGAGGACGAGCGGGGCGUGAGCCUGAGGGCGGGCAGCCCGCGGGGCCGGGGCAGCCGAAGCUAAAGCAUGAAGUUGAAUGAAAGAAGUGUGGCAUACUAUGCCACUUGUGAUUCUCCAACUGACAAGACUGGAUACUUGCACAAAAAGGGAGAACGAAACACUGCUUAUCACCGCCGUUGGUUUGUUUUGAAGGGUAACCUGUUCUUUUACUUUGAAGAAAAGGAGAGCAGAGAGCCCAUUGGAGUAAUCAUAUUGGAGGGAUGUACUGUGGAAUUGUGCGAGUCUUCAGAGGAGCAUGCUUUUGCAAUCAAGUUUGACAGUGUUAAGUCAAGGUCAUACAAAAUGGCUGCUGAGAACCCCACAGAAAUGGAAGCCUGGGUUAAAGCUUUAUCCCGCGCAAGUUUUGACUACAUGAGAAUAGUUGUGAGGGAACUUGAAAAACAAUUGGAAGAGAUGCAGCAAAGUAGAGGCAGCAGCCGGAAAAGCCAGAGAAAACCAUUUGCACAAAAACAUGCAAUCAAUCCUUCUGGUGCACAACAAAUCUCAAGUAGUUGCACUAUGUCCCAUGGAACUCCUGUUAAAGAAAAUGGCUACGUUCCCUGGAAUACCACAUCAGUUCAAACACUAGAAACUGAAUGGAAUGGCAAAGCUCAUGGUGUUAAUGAUAAUGAUAUUGCUAAAUACUUCCCAGACCAGGUGCUGGAAAGACCACCACAUACCCAACGCUUGCCACCUCCCUUGCCCCCAAGGAGGAGAACAGCAACAGGAGGAGUAACGUCUGGGAUUGGUGGUCUGAUGCUGGCCUAUGAUAAUGCUGCCUCAGGCACAGGGACUUACUGCUUCAGCAGAUUACAUGAGUGGUUUGGCAGGGAUGUGAUACAGCUGCAAAGACAGUGGCAAGAGCAUAAGAUCAGAAAUGAUGGUGUGUCAGAACCUGAUCACAUCAUCUGAAUUCAUAAUAUAGUACAUCUUGCUCAGUGUCUUUAAAAGGAGGAUUUCUUUUUUGAGUUUUAUAUCUAAUUCAAUCCCUUUAGCAUCAUAUUCUAGCCCUCUAGUGCUUUCCAGUAUGUAUACAACAGGUACUCUGCAUUUCUGUUUUAGUUUUUUUUAUAAUCUGGCUGGAUCCAGCAAAUGAAAUACAAUAUAUCUAAAUGGGAAUUGGGCAAUGUCUUACAAUUUUUGCUACUUAUGUCCUUCUGUUUUAAUUUUAGUAUCCCUGGCAGUGAAAUGAACAUGAAAAUUAAAGUAAUUCCAAUGAGCUUUUUAAAAUAAAUGGGAUUUUGAGUUAUGGUGCAGAGACAAAACGAAUGCUCCUUAAGUUUGAUACCUGGUAAUUGUCCAACUCGAAAAUGAGGAUAGGUGGCCUUGUUUAGAGUGUGGGAUGGGAAAUCAUCCAAGCUUGCUAUAGUUUAUAUUGAGAUUUGUGUUUGCAAGAUUCACGCUGUCCACCUUGAUGUUGGCAGCCUGCACAAAAUGGCCUACACAUGGACACUGACUAUUUAGCCUGUGAACCUGCCCUGCUGCAUGUCGGGGUGGGAGGAGUGUCAAAAGUGAUAACAGACUCAGGAUUUACUUGCCUUUCCUUGAUUGGUGCUGCCAGUUGUUUUUCAAUGUUCUCUUCAAUAAACUCACCCCAUCUCCUGCUUACUGAAUGCAUUAUAAACAUGGAACCAGCAGCUUACCACUGCCAUGCUAUUUUACAAGUUUAAACACUAACUGAAAGAUACAAAAUACUCUAUUUCUGACAAUGAGUAACAAGAAACGAACACUUAAGUAAAAUGUCAUUUUCUAAUCUGCGUGAUUGAUGGGGAAAGGUACAGCCCGGAGCCUAUUUAAACAUCAGAAAAUUGCAAACAUAUGUAAAUAAAGUACCACCCAUUAACUCUUUGGCUUGAAAAGUUAUUACUGUACAGGCACCUCGCAUUUUACAUGGGGGCUACAGGCUUGAAAAGCAGCGUGUAAUGAAACGUGCAUAAAUCAAACAUAUGCCAGGCACUGCAGGUGACUACGGUGCCAGGCAUAAAUUUGAGCAUGUUAUUCGAAAAAUAGGAGCGUUUAAAUGAAACCGGUAGUAUUUAGACAAGCACGUUAUUCUAAAAAUUGCGCAAAUCAAGCAGGUUUAAAAGGUGAGGUGCCUUUAUUUAAUUUUUAAACGCCAUUUCAUUGUAGCUCCCAAUGAGUUGGUAAAUGCAAUGUAUUAUGCAGAACCAUGCCAUAUGGUGCACAAAGGCACUGUAUCAGUUGUCUAAUCUAGACAACAAAAGUCAGAAAAAUUGACUCCAUUGGCUUCAGACUCUCAGGGCAGGGGAAAGUCAUUGUUUUCUCUCUGGCUCACUGUUCAGUGAUACUUGCUGAGCAGAAAAUACAGUAUUGGAUUUCCGGACAGAGUUAUAGUUGGCUGUAGUGAUGCCUGCAGACUAAACCUUGCUCAUAAUUAGUGUCAGUUCAGGUAGAUCAUUUGUUGGAUGGUUGGUGUUUUUCCAUUCCUGGCAUUCAAUAAAAGAUGAAAAUUGUUAACACUUUUGCUAUUAAUUUGACAGUAUCUAAGUUUUGGAGUAAACAUUAACAUUAGCCAGCAGUGUCUGUGGCCUGAAAUUGUGACAGAGUUGGUGUGCUUGGCCACUUCCUCCCAAAAUCAAGAGGGAAUUCCAGACAGUUUUUUAAAAAGUUGCAAUUCAAUGUUUUGUGAUUGACUAUGUGUAGUAGCAGAAUAAAAGCUUUUAGAGUUGGAGUCCAGGAUAUAAGUGUUGAGGCCUACACUGGUGUUGGAUUUAAGGGGGGGGGGGGGGGGUGUCAGAGGGGAGGAGAAGGAGAUUGUGGUAGGAUUAACUCUGCCACACACGUUAGUUAGGUGGAUAGUUAGGAAUGGUCUUUAAUCUUUAGCAUCCAGUCCUCAAGGUUAACUAGAAUUUGGCCCUUUUCACAAAUUGGCUGGGUGGUGUCAGUGGCUGCACCUUCAUAUUUUUAGCAGCUAUUUCAAUUUGCCCAGGAUCAGUAGCUGUUGAAACAUGCACAAAUUACUAUCAUUUCUUUGCUGCUAGAUAUACUUAGAAAAUAUGUCCUAAACUUGCUGAACUAAGCAAAUUGUACUUUGAACGUGCAAUUCAUUUUAUUUUUACUAAUAUUUAUUUUUGCUAUGUUGUACUUUGAAACAUAUGACUGCAGUGCAGGAAUUGCUGGUUCUAUGUUGGUUGUUGGUUUGUCAUGCUCUCUGUGGGUGGGUUGAAACUGGGUUUAGUUUUGCAAAGUUAGUAAAUAUGGGAAGAUGGGGGAGAAAAAGUUCCAAUUUCAGAGUUUCAUUAAUGAUUGUGGUUGGAAAUGUGACUGUGGGACAGAAAGAGAACUAUGCCUGGCCUUGAUCGCUACUAUCAUCAGUCAUACAGCAUACAAACAGGCCCUUUGGCCCGACACAUCCAUGCCAACCAAGGUGCCUACUUGAGCUUGUUCCAUUUGCCCACAUUUAAUUAAUAUCCUUCUAAAGUUGUCCUAUCCAUGUACAUGUCUAACUGUCUUUCAGACAUUACAAUUGUACUCAUCUCUACCACUUCCUUUGGCAGCUCAUUCAUUCCAAAUACCCACCACUCUCUAUGGAAAAAAGUUCCCAUUCACUUUAAAUCCUUCCUCACUUUAAACCCAUGCUCUUUAGCUUUGGACUCUCCCACUGUGGGGUAAAAAGACAAUAGACAAUAGGUGCAGGAGUAGGCCAUAUGGCCCUUCAAGCCAUUCAAUGUGAUGAUGGCUGAUGAUCCACUUUAUCUGUGCUGUUCAUGAUUAUAUAUACCUCUAAAUUCACUCCUCAGCCUCCGACACUCCAGGGAAAAGAUUGUUGACAUCCAAUGCAGAGGCAGUACUAACACAUAAUAUUUAAAAUUCAUUAAUUGACUAAUGAUUUGAAUAAAUAUGAAGUGAGGUGUUACGGAACAAUGGGAAGUGCAAGGAAAUUGACAUAUUACUGAAUUUCAUAUAUGCUUUGACAAUACGACCAGUUUAUCCAAUAUACAGUAUGUGAAGAUGUAUUUCUAAUGUAAACUUUUAAUGUCAGAUGUCAAUAACCAGUAAAAAAAACAAUUAGUGGUGUUUGACAUCUGACAUUAAAAGUCUUUGUACUUUGUUCCUUCAUGAUUCCAUGGAUGACUAUAUUAAGGAUAAUUGUAGCUGCAUAAACAUUAAAAGUAAGAAAAUAUUUUCCUACUAUGAAGUAGCAGUGCAACCAAUCCCAUUAAUUGUAAACAUCAUCGGACCUGUCGAAUGACAAGUGAAAUCCCUUCCUAUUUAAAACAAGAGCUAACCUUAAAAAUAAAUUUUGGGGAAUUUUAAUAUUACACCCCACCCCACCAUUUAAUGCUUUUAAUGUCAUGUUAAUUUCGAUUUUGCCAAUCAUUUUUAUCUCUUAAAUCAUUUUAAAAUGUGUAACUUCUCAAACAGCCAAGUAGUGCAUUGCCCAUGAUGCAGUGAUUUCAUUGCAUUCUCUCUGAGCUUAAUGUUCAGAACAAAGAUCAUUAAGAGCAAUAUUUUUAAUUGAAAUUCCAGAUUUCGAAAGAUGUGCUUGAAGCCCAAGUAGCAAUAUUGUGGAUGGUAUUUUUAGUCAAUUUAUAGACAAUGCUUUAGCAUUUUUCUUUUAAGCUUGCGUAGGCACAAAUUUCUGUUUACAUUUCAUUACAUUUUUAGGUAGCAGACUUUUUGAAAAUCCAAUCCUUUAAUGCUGCAUUGUGGUCAGCACCUGAAAUAUCCUAUAUUAGGGAGUUCCUUUCUUCUAUCAGUAAUCAUUCACUAAUAAACUGCCACGUAUUUUGAUUAAUGGCUUUUUGGACAUGAGAAGGAAGUGAUUAUAAAGAUAAAGGGACAGAGCAAAAGGGAUGAGUUAAAUGGUUUGUUUUUAAAAAGUCUGAACUGUUCUAUUCUAUAAUAUUUACCAUUGCUUUUAAAUUCAGGAAAUUAUAUUUUCCUCAAACUUUGUGUAGAAACCUAACUUUUUUAAAAAGCAAUUCCGAAAGUAAUUGCAUAGAUGUGUUCAGGUGUUAGCGAACCAAUGGGAAAUGAGUGAUUGCACUUUCUUAUCUAACUAUUUAGACUUCUAUAUAUACUUCACUUUAAGCCUCCUUCGGUCACGGCUGACCAUGGGUGUCUCCAGGGUGCUAUUCCCUAUAUGGAGGAUGCCUGUGCAUGACUUUGUUUAACGUGGGGAGACGGGUGCCAGACAGCCACCCCACGGUCCUUGACUGAUCUGGGUCAGGAUAUAGGGAAUAUAAUGGAUACAACGUGGGAUUGCGCAGAACGAGCGCAAAAAACUAAAUCUACAUUUAGAAAAAGGAGUUUGCCCGUUCUUCCUGUGAUGAAGUAGAUAUCCCCCUAGGUACUUCCAUUCUCCCCACAUUCUUGCUAGUCAGUAGCUUAAAUGCCCAGAGGUAGAUGAAGAGUUGAUUAGAUAUCGAGAAAGAAUGGAUUACAUUUUAAACAAGGGGGGGGAAUGAGAUUGAGGGGAUUGCUCAGAAAGACAGCACAGACUAGAUGGGUGAAUGGCUUCCUAUAUUUAUAGGAAAUAAAAUGAAAACAUAACAUUCACACAUCUGUACAGGUACUUCAUGUUUGAUUUUCUAAAUAUCUAUGGUCAAUACAUAACCAAAGAAACAAAACAUCUAUCAGUAAAGGUAUACUCAUCAUACAAUAUUACCAAAAAAUUGCCAAACAUGGCAUGCCAAUAUGAGCAUUAAAAUCCCAUGAUGGUAUUUCACUAAUAUUCUUACUUAUUUCAUGAAUUCCUAAUUAGAUUCAAAUUGUCCAGUAAAUCAAUAAUGGAUUAUCAUACAUUUUCAGUAUAAAUCCACAAAUUUCUUAUUCUUACAAAUGUGUGUAUACUUAUGUAAUGUAUUUAAAAAGUGCUUUUUGAAUGUGCCUCAAGGAAACAGGUCCAUGAUUAAGCAAAACUCUAACAACCUUAAAAACCUGCACAAACAAUUUGCACAAGAUCCAUGUUGUCAUAAACCAUAUGGCAUUAAAAUGGGAAACAUGUUGCGGGAAUUUACUUCUGUUCUAAAUGUUUGUACAAUUGUUGUAUCUGUUGUUAUUUCUUAAUUUGAGUUACUUCAGUCAGAGACUAGAAAAGCGUUUUUUUUCUUGAAUGUAAUACUGUUUGACUGAAUUACUCUUCCACCAUUUAGAAUAAUGCCACUUUCAAAGGGAGUGGGAGAAAUGUACAGAUAUGAAAAGCAAGAUCAAUAGCUGCCAUUUGAAUUAGAUUUAACAACAGAUCAACAUCAGGCUUACUUACUAUAUAUGUCUUUGUGGAAACGAUGAAAUUUAGCAUAUUCAUUGAACUUUGUAGUGACCUAAAGGUGUGCACAGAGCAAUAUAGGUGCGUAGUCAAUGGCCAAUUGCGAGAUUUAAUCUUUGAUGAAACUGCGUGUAUGAUAUGAAAAACAAUACCUAAAUGUGCCAUAAAAAUGUAUGUUUUUUGUAGAAUUAAUAAUAGUCCCUUAUUCUUUUAGGGAUCUGUUUAUCUCCUUCCGAUGUGUCAAGUUAUUUUGAUUAACUGUUUACAAAAUGGAUUGUGUUCAUGUAGAUUUUUUUUCAAUAUAUCUAAAAUGUAUGUAUUUUUGUAAUUACACUUUUCAAUUUGCAUGGAAUAUUCAUCAUCUCGAUGUAUUGAUUACUGCAUGAUUGCAUGAACAAUCGGUCUAUAUUUUGGUUCGUAGUAUUGAGAAUCAAAUAUUCUGUGUUUACUGCUCAUUCAUAUCACAAUAAAUUGAGAAUUGAGAAA